AUGCUUUUAAGUAAGACACUCUCUUCCAAAGAUCUCGCCGCUCGCGCCGCCAACUGGACAACCCAAGCCUGGCAAACCCACUGCAACAACAUCGACUACUUCGGCGACAACGACCAAUGCUGCAUCCACCUCAGCGGACCCAACUGGAAGAGUUGCAACGGCGUGGGCUAUGCAACCAUUUCCGAUUCUCAAGUCCUAUGCUACGACUUGACUGAUAAACACGAUUGCUGUAAGGACGAUAGUGUGUGCGAUACGGGACUUGGAUGUUGCAGUGGGACGUGCUGUCAGACAUCUUCGUCGACUACGGUUUGUAGGGAUGGUUGUGUAGCGGUUAAUGGGACGGGUUGUAAGGCCGGGACUUGUGCGCAUGGUGCUGAUCAGAUUAAUACUGCUGAGCCUGAUCAGACUAGUGUUGCUGAUUCUGAGACUGCAACGACGAGUAGUGGUGGUUCGAAGGUGACUGGAACCCCGGGCGCGACGACAAGUGGUCCUCAAGCUUCUCCUUCUCCUUCUGCUGAGGGGCCUUUGACUCGGGCUGACAAGAUUGCUCUCGGUUGUGGAAUUGGGGUUGGACUUCCUGCAACUCUUGUCGCUAUCUACAUGUGUGUUGUCAGCUGUUUCAAACGCUGA